AUGGACAGCGACGAUGAACACGAACGCCGACCUCGCGGGAGAGAUAAAUUUCGUCGAGAAAGAAGCGACUAUCAGGAAAGAAACGAGGGACGAAGAGAUAACAGAUCCGGUGGCGGAGGAGGGGGAAACAGGCGAGAUGACUCGUGGCAAGAUAAUCGGCGGGGAAGACAACAGCAGUGGGAUAAUAAUCAAAGAAGGAAUAGGGAUAACUAUGGGGGAGGUGGGGGAAGGCAUCAUGAAGGGGGUGGGCCCCCAAUGAAAAGACAACGAAGAGAUUGGUAUGUGUAUAAAUGAUAUAAAUGUGUGUUUUGGUCGCCAUGAAUAUUUAAUUAGAUGUCCUUUGCAACAUGCACGUGUUUUUUUUAUUUUUGACACUGAUCUCAAACACACUGGAUAGUUAGUCAUUGCAGGAAGUAAUCUGAUUUUAGUGAUUACUGAAGUCACUGAGCAGCAUGAGUUAUAUGCAUGAUAUAUAAUUGCAGCUACACUAGGGGUUACCAUUAAAUGCAUACAUGAUGUUUUUAUACAUAGAUGCAUGCCAACAUGGGUAUCACUGUAGACCAGUGUGGAAAAUUUGCAUUGCACCAUAUCAGGCAGUGGCAGAAAUUCACUUUUGGGGGCAAAGCCUCCUAAAUUUCCGACAAAACUUUCAAAUUUCCGACAUACACCCCCCCCCCCAUUUGCACUUGAAAAGACUGUUUUUAACCCUCUUUUAGGUCAAAAGGGGGGGGCGGCUGCCCCCUCACCCCCAAGAUUUCCGCCACUGCUAUCGGGUGUGCAAUUUUUAUGCUUCCAGGGCUUGAAAUAACAGCCGAUCAAUGAUCGGCAAGACAUGGCUUAUAUGAUCAGUGGAAAAGCAGGGUUUCUAACCUGAAAAAGCAGGGAAUGUCAUAACUGCUGAUCACCAUGAUUGGGAACUUAGGGAACGUUAUUUCAAACCCUGUACUUUCUGUAUAUUUACAAUAUGUGUGAAAUCUCGGGGGCACAAUUUCCAACGUUUCUAUAAAACAAGACCAUGAUGACUGAUUGUGCAUUUGUGGUGUUUUAGGGAUAAUCAGGGAUAUAAUAAUCAGCAGCAGGGUGGUGAUUAUGGUGGAUACAACAAUCAAGCAACAAACCAAUGGGGAUCGUCAGUGGAUAACCAGCAACAGUCGUUUAAUAACCAACAGUAUGUUUAUCAGUGAAUAUAGACUUUAGGGAUGGCUGGAUCUCUAGGGAAAGCAGAGUAGGGUUGAUGCAGCUAAAAUUGUCUGGCAUUAGAGAGAGUAAAAUAAUGUGCGCCGGGGUGCAUUCAGUAGUGUAGCCAGUCCGACGAUUUAGUCCCACUAUGCAAACAUUUUUGUGUUCAUUGACUGUGAGAACAAUCAAUUUCUAAAGAAAUGAAUAAUGAUAAUAAUUUUGAAUUUGCAAAGCGGAACUAAAUUGUCGGGCUGGCUACGCCACUAGGUGCAUUGGAACUUAAUGGUUAGCCAAUUGAGUGCCAGCAUUCUCCUCUUGACAAGUAAAAUUGUCUGGUGUUAGACAGAGUAGAAUAAUAAAGCAACUUAAAGUGUUAACAAUCUUUACAGACAAACAGAGACGAACACUGGUCCAGCGAUGUUGACCUUUAAACAGUUCCUGAGCUCUCAAGCUGAUGACAUCGAAGACAUGGAAGCUGUGCGUAAAUAUCAAGAAUAUAAACUUGAGUUUCGUAAGACGCAAAUUGCUGACUUCUUCACUGCGCACAAAGAGGAGGAAUGGUAUGUAUAUGUAGAAAUAUGUUUUGAUUGUUACAGCAAACAAAAUUAUAUAGCAAACAAGGCUUUUCCCUCGGGAGUGCGUCAAUAUGCCAGCAAUGCGUGAAAUUCUAGGCUCGUCAGAAAUUAUGCGUGCAAAAUUUAAUUUUGAAUGACAUUUGUGGCAAUAAUCAUGGUGAAAUUGCUCUGAAAUGCUUUAAAAAAUAAUGCAGAAGACAAUUAAAACCAUCAAUGGCCACCAAUGAAAAUCAACACAAAAUUCAAGGCCCACUAAUGCCGUUUUGUUCUAAAUGGUGCCGCUUCUACUUUCUUUUAAAUUGUUAAUAAAUUUCAAGCAGCGUUAUUUUGCUUAGAGAUUCUUUGUCUAUGUUUUUUUCUGAUUUGGAAAGCUAAUCAUAUUUCAUUAAUAGGAAUAGUUGGUCCAUAUGCAUGACGUGUUUAUGUGAUAGUACCAAUUGUGUUAUUAAUCAUAUUUUAUAUAUCUUUCUUUAUUCUUUGCAUUCUGCAUAUUGUUUAUUCUAGCUUUAUAAUGCUGACGCCCACUAUCUUUACUUUUAUUAAUGUAGUCUUUGUAGCCCAAUUUGGUUUUGGCAACUUCAAGAUUUUCCGAAGUGUUUUUAUGUCUGUGCAUGAGGGGAAAAUCCCUAAAUAUAUUGAAAAUUAUUUGAUCAAAUGCCAAAUACACAAAGGCUAUGUACAUCAACUAUGUUGUCAUUUAAAAAGUGCAUCUUUACUCACUGAUUGGCAAGGUUUAAAUCAUUGCCAUUGUUACUGCAUGUUUAAUGCAACAUUUUCCCUGGAGACGGCAGGCUUAUAGUAUGUUGAUCAUCAGCAGUAAGUUGUUAUAAUGUAAAGAGUAUUAUUUGUGUCACUGUUUGUAACCACUCUUGUUAAGAACUUGUUGAAUGUAACGAUUUGUAAAAACAAUCGCUGAAUAAGCUGCCAUGGUUUGUGUUUGAACUACCUGAAAAUAUUAGGGCAUAAAAAAAUACCUGUGGUUCCCGGUUUCAUAAUUUGCAAAAAAAUUAGGGUCAGUAGGUCGGAAAUAAAAUUUUUUUUGAAUAUUUUUUUCAUGGUUUUUUCAAUAAUUAGUGUGACAACAGCCACCAUUUUGGCAGCCCGCAACCACCUGGAGAAAAUAGGGUAGCAUGGCAGAAAAAAAUAGGGUCGGUCGGGUACCACAGGUACCUUUUUUAGGCCUAGUUGAGACACCAACCACAACAGCUUACUUUAUCAGUUGCUACUGUUAGCAGUUUUUCGUGGAUAAAAACUUUCGCAGGUUCCUAAAGACGUAGUUAAUAAAAUAUGUGAAACAAUGUUAUUUAGGUUUCGUAACAAGUAUCACCCCGGCGAGGCUCUUGCUUAUCAGAAUAAACUAAACGAUGCAGUUCGAAAACGAGCAUCUGUGUUUGUUGAUCUGCUGCAGUCAGGCUGGUUUGACAGGUUUACUCUGACUGCUGAACAAGGGGAAGAGAUUACAAAGUUACUGGAUGCAGGUUAGUGACGUCUUUAAAACUUACAGUUCAACAGCAACAUUUUGGAUGGUUUGCUAUUUGAUUUUUCCAAAACAUUGAAACGUCGAAGGUCUCUUCUUGCCAUGUUUGAUGGAAUGACAUUUUCUCAAAGUUGUAAAAUUUUUUUCCACCAGCGGUGAUAAAGUUCGAGAGAGGGACAGAUUUUGAUUUGCAAGUUCUUGACGAGAAUUACAAGGAAAGUGAACAAGCCAACACAGAAGGUCAAAACACUGAUGGAACACAGCAAACUGAGGGUGCUGCUCAACCAGACACUUCUGUAGAGAAAAGUGUUAACCCUGUGUCUCCAUCAUCUGUCCCCUUACCCGAGACCCCCGCCCCUGCAUCUGCUUCGGUUAAGCCAGCUGCCAGCGAAGGUGAAGCAGCCAAGCCUGAAGAUAGCUCGGAUCCUUCAUCUGAACAAACAAAGAUUAACGAUGAUCAGAAACCACAGAAAGACGGGCAAGAUAAACCAGCCGAUGGAAAGGUACGUGUCUGUGCUAGAAUUGGAAAUAUAAUUGGGUUCAAAUGCCAAAACUCUGUUUUGAAAUGCCAAAACUACCUUUUCAAAUGCCAGAACUCCCUUUUCAAAUGCCAAAACUCUGUUUUCAAAUGCCAAAACUCUGUUUUCAAAUGGCAAAACUCCCUUUUCAAAUGGCAAAACUCCCUUUUCAAUUGGCAAAACUCCCUUUUCAAAUGGCAGAACUCCCUUUUCAAAUGGCAAAACUCUCUUUUCAAAUGCCAGAACUCCCUUUGAAAUGCCAAAACUCCCUUUUCAAGUGGCAAUUGAAAACGCCCUUUUCAAAUGGCAAAAUGCCCUUUUCAAAUGGCAAAAUGCCCUUUUCAAAUGCCAAAACUCCCUUUUCAAAUGCCAAAACUCUGUUUUCAAAUGCCAAAACUCCCUUUUCAAAAGCCAAAACUCCCUUUACAAAUGCCAAAACUCCCUUUUCAAAAGCCAAAACUCCCUUUACAAAUGCCAAAACUCCCUUUACAAAUGCCAAAACUCUGUUUUCAAAAGCCAAAACUACCAUUUCAAAAGUCAGAACUCCGUUUUCAAAUGCCAAAACUCUGUUUUCAAAUGCCAAAACUCCCUUUUUCAAACGCUAAAAUGCCAAAACUCUGUUUUCAAAUGCCAGAACUCCCUUUUUCAAAUGCUGUUUAAUUGGUUCUAUCACCUGUCAGUUUACAGAUAAAUCUUCUUUGCCUUCCAUAUAAAUUUAGCCUGUAAUUUAAGUUUCGUUUUUCAAUUAUCUUUGAAGCCUCGCAAGCGUCGGCACAGAGAUGCUUAUUACCGUGACGACAAUGCUGAAAGCGAGAGCGAAUCAGAUUCUGAAACGGAACCCGCACCCCCCGGAGAAGAAUCCGCGAAAUCAGACGCUCAAGAGCGAGUCGCUGAAGAAAGUCUGCACCCCCCUGGAGUUGAACCCAUCUCAUCUGAUGAAGUUCUGCCAUCAUCGAAGGACGGUGGGGAAGGUAUUAAAAAUGACGGGGGUGAAACAUCUGAUGCUGUAAAAAGUGAAAAGGCAGUUGAAAACGGGCAAGAGAAAUUAGCUGGCAAGAGUGGAAGCGAACAGUCUGGUAACGAAGUAACUGACGUCACAUCUCAAGACAGUUCUGAAGCAAAAGCUGAAGUUGCUGAAGCCAAAACUGAGGAAGCGUCAGGGAAAUCAGAGGUAUGGUUACAGAAUGUGUCUAGUUACUCUAGUAUGUAGCAACGCCAGCUUAUUGCCUAUGGAAAUUAUUUUCCAGGAACAAUCAAUACCACAGGCAAAAAGUAAUGAACAAGACGAAGAGAAAGCCGAAAACAUGUAAGUAAUAACCAAGCAGUAAAUUUAUAUGAACGAACUUAAAGCUCUGUUGCUCAACUGUUGCUAAACUGUUCCUCCAGGGACACUACAGAGAAUGCGGAAAAGAAGGAAGAGGACGAAGAGGAGGAUAGCGAUGAGGACUCAGACGCAGAACCUGAAAUAACGACACCACGAGCAUUGCAUUUGACUGUCUCGUUGUUUGUACGAAAUGUUCCACCCAAGAUAUCUCACUAUGAUAUCGACUCCGUAAGUACAUGCUCAGAGAUCGGGCAGAUCGAUCAACUAGUGAGAAUGUUGCUAAACUCCACGUACACGCGUAAAAAUCUUAUAGCUUGUCACUGCUCAGAAGUCAGAAUAUGAUCGUACUGCUUGUUCUAAGUUGUUGGCAAGUCUGGAACAAGUUGUCAUCAUCUUGUAACAGGGUUGAUGAGGCCAACAAACUCGCAACUUGUUCCAACAAGUCUGAUAUCGUCAACACGUAACAAGUUGAUGACAACAAGUUCGUAGCAACUUGUUACGAACAGCCUGUAGUAGUCUUGUUGGAACAACUUGUAACAAGUCUGAUAUCGUCUGCACGUAACAAGUUGAUAACAACAAGUUCGUAGCAACUUGUUAUGAACAGCCUGUAGUAGUCUUGUUGGAACAACUUGUAACAAGUCUGUUACCGUCAUCAACCUUGUAACAAGGUGAUAACAACUUGUUCCAGAUUUACAGUGCGAAUACAUUCUGAUAUCGAUUUGAACAACAAUCUUGUUACAACUUGUUUGCAGAUCUGUUUGUGUGUUUUUACGUGUGUACAUCUUACAAAUUGCUAGCUUGUCUACGGUCCCUUGCCAGUUGCCAUUGGAUUUAUGGAUAACUUCAAUGGACCGAUCCCCAAUUAACCAAAAUUUUGAACUCAACAAGUCUAGACAAAAAUUUUGAACUCAACAAGUCUAGACAAAAAUUUUAUCACAGCUUGAAAGAGCAUCACAAAAUUAGUAAUAUUCCAAAGUUUCGUUGCGAAAUGUUGUAAAAUGCGGAUAAUAUAUCCUUGCGAAGUUUGCAAUUUUCAGUCAUUUUGUAUUACAAACGGGAAAUGGUUACCACUUCCGUGCGUAAUACAAAAUAACUGAAAAUUACAAACUUCGCAGGGCUAUAUUAUCCGCAUUUUACAACAUUUCGCAACGAAACUUUGGAAUAUUACUAAUUUUGUGAUCAAGCUGUGAUGAAAUUUUGUCUAGACUUGUUGAGUUCAAAAUUUUGGUUAAUUGGGAAUUGGUCCAUUCUGUUCUUUCGUUUCAAUCUUUGAAAUUUCAUAUUUUUCUAGCUCUGUGCUCGUUAUCCAGGUUACAUGAGAGUUGUGCUUUCUGAUCCAGCACCUGACAAGAAGUAAGAACAGAAUCCGUCAAUUUUCUUCAACAUUCGUUGACCUUUGAAUGCGAAAAUGUGUGAUGUUAAGCUAACUUAUAUCUUUUUAGGUUCUCCCGUCGAGGCUGGAUAACGUUUAAACCGGACGUGAAUAUUAAAGAUAUUUGCUGGUCUCUGAACAAUGUUAAGGUACAGUUUCAAUUUUAAAUAUUUUUUAAUGGUUUAUUCCCAUAUCCUGGCAUUAAUACAAUAAUUAUGAUAUGUUUACAUAAGUUCCAUAAAAAGUUAAAAUCUAUAUAAUAUACAAGUAAUGAAGUUACCAAACGAUAUUUAGAAACUCACUCACUGAAGUUUAAAAUUCCUUGCAUCAGAGCAUAUUAAUAAAAAAUAAAAUGAAAGAAUAAAACCAUUAAUAAAGAAUAAAAGUAUGUUUGUACCUAUUAGUACGACACUUUCAUAGGGACAAACAGUCCCUAUUUAUAUAUAUCUUUUUUAAAAAGGUAAAUAUGUAAGGAACAUUUUGGUGUGAGAGAGACCGUGUGCAAAUCACACUUUACUAUUUGUUUCCAAACUUAUUUGUUUCGUAGAUUAAAGACGUGGAGCUCAAUCCGAUGGUGAACCGAGAACUUGCGAAGCGUGUACGAACCGUGUCGGGAGCGGCCGUGUUGAAAGGUUGGGUCGAGAGUGAUAUUACCAUGGCAACAAGAUUAAUCUUACAACUUGAUGAGAAGUUCAAAGUUUGGAAACACGAAGAGAAGUCGGAGGAGAAAAAAGUGGAAGCUCCUAAACAGGAGGAAACUACAGAAAAAGGAAAUAAGGAAGAACAAAAAGUUGAUGAAGUGAGUGGCUUGUUUUGUAAGCACAGCGGUUAGUGCAUCUGUCUUCUAAAUCUUCUUUCAUCUCUGUGAAUGAGAUUGUAUUCCAAUAUGCACUGGUCUGAUUAUAAUUUCACCUCAGUCACAUGUGAGAAGAGUGCUUCCAGUUUGACUCUACCAAACACCGCAUGUUUUUUCCGGGAUGGGAAGAACAAUUUAAAUCUGAUAGAGCUAUCCAGUAUAAAUAAAGUUAAUUUAGUUUAGGUUUCCUUCUGUAGUAACACUGGACCAAUAAGAGAUGAUCCUUACUUGACCUCUAGGAAGAACAGUUUAGAACUGAUAGAGCUAUCCAGUAUAACUAAAGUUAGUUUAGUUUAGGUUUCCUUCUGUAGUAACACUGCAUCAAUAAGAGAUGAUCCUUACUUGACCUCUAGGAAGAACAGUUUAGAACUGAUAGAGCUAUCCAGUAUAACUAAAGUUAGUUUAGUUUAGGUUUCCUUCUGUAGUAACACUGCAUCAAUAAGAGAUGAUCCUUACUUGACCUCUAGGAAGAACAGUUUAGAACUGAUAGAGCUAUCCAGUAUAACUAAAGUUAGUUUAGUUUAGGUUUCCUCCUGUAGUAACACUGGAUCAAUAAGAAAUGAUCCUUACUGGACCUCUAGGAAGAACAUAUAGAAUUGAUAGAGUCAUCCAGUAUAAAUAAAGUUAGUUUAGUUUAGGUUUCCUCCUGUAGUAACACUGGAUCAAUAAGAAAUGAUCCUUACUGGACCUCUAGGAAGAACAGUUUAGAACUGAUAGGGCUAUCCAGUAUAUAUAAAGUUAGUUUAGUUUAGGUUUCCUCCUGUAGUAACACUGGAUCAAUAAGAGAUGAUCUUACUGGACCUCUAGGGAGAACAGUUUAGAACUGAUAGAGCUAUCCAGUAUAAAUAAAGUUAGUUUAGUUUAGGUUUCCUCCUGUAGUAACACUGGAUCAAUAAGAGAUGAUCCUUACUGGACCUCUAGGAAGAACAGUUUAGAACCGAUAGAGCUAUCCAGUAUAAAUAAAGUUAGGUUAGUUUAGGUUGCCUCUUGUAGUAACACUGGAUCAAUAAGAGAUAAUCCUUACUGGACCUCUAGGAAGAACAGUUUAGAACUGAUAGAGCUAUCCAGUAUAAAUAAAGUUAGUUUAGUUUAGGUUUCCUUCUGUAGUAACACUGGAUCAAUAAGAGAUGAUUCUUACUGGACCUCUAGGAAGAACAGUUUAGAACUGAUAGAGCUAUCCAGUAUAAAUAAAAGUUAGUUUAGUUUAGGUUUCCUCCUGUAGUAACACUGGAUCAAUAAGAGAUGAUCCUUACUGGACCUCUAGGAAGAACAGUUUAGUACUGAUAGAGCUAUCCAGUAUAAAUAAAGUUAGUUUAGUUUAGGUUUCCUCCUGUAGUAACACUGGAUCAAUAAGAGAUGAUCCUUACUGGACCUCUAGGAAGAACAGUUUAGAAGUGAUAAAGCUAUCUAGUAUAAAUAAAUAAAGUUAGUUUAGUUUAGGUUUCCUCCUGUAGUAACACUAGAUCAAUAAGAGAUGAUCCUUACUAGACCUCUAGGAAGAACAGUUUAGAACUGAUAGAGCUAUCCAGUAUAAAUAAAGUUAGUUUAGUUUAGGUUUCCACAGUCCUGGUGUAACACUGGAUCAAUAAGUGAUGAUCCUUACUGGACCUCUAGGAAGAACAGUUUAGUACUGAUAGAGCUAUCCAAUAUAAAUAAAGUUAGUUUAGUUUAGGUUUCCUCCUGUAGUAACACUGGAUCAAUAAGAGAUGAUCCUUACUGGACCUCUAGGAAGAACAGUUUAGUACUGAUAGAGCUAUCCAGUAUAAAUAAAGUUAGUUUAGUUUAGGUUUCCUCCUGUAGUAACACUGGAUCAAUAAGAGAUGAUCCUUACUGGACCUCUAGGAAGAACUUGAAAACAUGUUCUCACCUGGUAAAACUUGUCAUCAUUGAUGAGUAGAGAGGGCAUAUUUCGUAGAAAUGUGAACAUUUUCAUGUGAUCUGUAAUUUCGAGAAUUUUUGUUUCGUUGACGUAGAAUAUCGAGACAGCAAACCGGAACAAAAUCUAG